CUCGGGAUCUCGUUGGUGGGGGAAGGCCGUGGUGGGUGGCCGCAUAAGUGUUCUUGAAGUGAGGCCGCCAUGUCUGGCAACACUGCCGGACUGGGGCGGCCAGGACCCUCGAAGGGUCGUCGCUCCCGCACCCGCGUGAUGAACGGCGUGGCCAGCUCCUUCCAGAAGCAGAGCGAGGAUUUCCUCUGUCCCAUCUGUUUCGAGGUCAUUGAGGAGGCAAUGAUGACACGCUGCGGCCACACCUUCUGCAACCGCUGCAUCGUGCAGAGCAUCCAGAUGAACAGCCGCUGCCCCAAGUGUAGCCGCGCACUCGACGAAGACAACAUCUACCCCAACUUUCUGCUGAACGAGCUAAUCACGAAGCACCGGCGCGCUGAGCGGACGCCUACGCAGCUGGGCCGCCUGGGACCGGCCGAACUGCAGGAGUACCUGACCGCCGAGGCGUCCGGCCUCGGCCUGCCCAACGUCACGCUGAUGCUGGAGCUGCUGGAGGCGCGCCGCGCGGCGCUCGAGGCCGACUCGUUCCGCACGCAGAGCCAGCUGCUGAGCGAGUUCCUGGCGUCGCUGAAGCGGCAGCGGGAGGACAUGCUGUCGCAGCUGCAGCGCGAGAUCCGGGUGAUCGACGCGGACCUGGCGCGCGUCGACGGCGCUCUGGGCGAGCGGCGACGCGCCGACGACGCGCAAGAGGAGCGCCGGCGCGGCGCGGCGCAGGCCGACGUCACCAUGGUGCCGUGCGUGCCCAGCCUGGAGGCGGAGCGGGGCGCGCUGCCCGCCGACGCCGCGUCGCCCGAGGCUUCGCUCGCCUCCGACGGCGAGGUGCCCGAGGGCUUCAACGUGGGCCGCGACGCGGACGCACAGAGCCCCGACAGCGACGCGAUGGCGCGCCGCCGCCGCCAGGUGCACAUCCACUUCGACGACCUGGUAAAGUGCUACUUCUCGCUGCGGCCGCGCGCCGUGCACCUGGGCGCGGGCGACGAGGAGGCGGACGGCGCGGCGGCGCUGGACACAUUCAGCGACGCGCUGUCGCGGCUGACGCGCUUCAGCGGCGUGCGGCCGCUCGCCUCGCUCAACUACUCGUCCGACCUCGUGCCCAGCUCCAGCAUUGUGUCCAGCAUCGAGUUCGACAAGGACCGCGAGCUGUUCGCCAUCGCCGGUGUCACCAAGAAGAUCAAGAUCUACGACUACGGCUUCGUGGUGCGCAACGCCAUCGACAUCCACUAUCCGACGCUGGAGAUGGCGUGCACGUCCAAGAUCAGCUGCGUGGCGUGGAACGGCUACCACAAGUCCGUGCUGGCCAGUUCGGACUACGAGGGAGCCAUCACCGUCUGGGACACCGCCACCGGCCAGCAGCGACACGUCUACCAGGAGCACGAGAAGCGCUGCUGGAGUGUUGACUUCAACCUGGUCGACACCAACCUGAUCGCGUCGGGCAGUGACGACUUCACGGUAAAGUUGUGGGCCACUAAUGCUAGCCACUCGAUCCUCUCGCUCGAGGCUAAGGUGAAUGUGUGCUGCGUGAAGUUCAACCCGAGCAGCCGGUUUCAGCUGGCGUUCGGGUCAGCCGACCACAGCGUGCACUACUACGAUCUUCGCAACAUCAAGGAGCCGCUGCGCGUCUUUAAGGGUCACCAGAAGGCGGUGUCGUACGUCAAGUUCGUCAGCGAUACGGACCUCGUGUCGGCCUCCACCGACAGCCAGCUGAAACUAUGGAAUGUGAACUCGCCCUCGUGCCUGCGCUCCUUCCACGGCCACGUGAACGAGAAGAAUUUCGUCGGCCUGGCCACCGACGGCAACUACGUGGCCUGCGGCUCGGAGAACAACUCGCUCUACAUCUACUACAAGGGCCUGAGCCAGAGCGUACUGUCGUACAAGUUCGAGUCGCCCCGCUCGCUGCUCGAGCGCGAGCGCGCCGACGACGGCAACCAGUUCGUGUCGGCCGUCUGCUGCAAGAGCGGAAGCAACGUGGUGGUGGCAGCCAACAGUCAGGGCACCAUAAAGGUGCUGGAGCUCUACUAAGGCGGCGGCCGGCCUCGCGUGGUAUUGGCCGGCUGGCCACCUCGGCGAAACUCCUCUACAGGCGGCUGGUUCGCCUGUGUUCAAGUGUCUGUCCUCACUGUUCUGCGUGGGUGAUGCGGGGCGGGUUUGUAACGCAAUAUAGCCUGGAGGUUUUUA